AUGGCCCAAGAAAAUAAUCACACCUUUACUGACUCUGACAUGAGUCAGAAUAUGGAAGAAGCACCGUCGCCUUCGAAUGUUUUGGAAAAAUUUUCGAAAAACAUUUCUCAAGUUAAAUGUCGAAUAAUAACUGUUGAUGAAAUUCUUGCCGUCAUUAAUUCAAAAGAUAAAGCCAUCGAUAAAUUGCAGGAGAACAUAAAAGAGAAAGAUGAUAAAAUAAAAAACCUCACUACACAGAACAAUGUUCUGCUUGAAGCGUGUACGACGCUUUCACAGCAAACGCGAGAAUCAGGUCGGCAGAAUAAGGAAAUCCUAAUAGGAGUACAACAGGAACUUCACACCAUAAAAGCGGAGAAUGCGAAACUCACUGACGAAAAAUGUAAGCUUACAAGGAAAGUAGAGUCACUUCGAUCACAGCAUGAUACGUUACAUGAACAAGCACGGCAGUUAAAAGAUAAGAAUAAUAAACUUGUUGCCGAGGACAAGCAGCUUAGAACGCUUAUGAAUGAAAAUGAAAAAACCUGUAGAGAACUUCAACAACAAGCAAAAAAUGAUAGUAAACUCAACGUGGAGAACGAACUACUUAAAAAAGAAUUAAAGAUACUUAAGUUUGAAAAUGCAAAACUUAGAAAAGAGGCACAGGAUGCUGUUAAUGUUGAAAUGGAAAAAAAUUGUGACUUAGAAAAGGAAGUCGAAGAAUUACGAAAGGCUUUUGAGCAAAGUGAGGAAGAACGUAAAAAGGCUGAGCUUGCCAUUGAUAAGAUAAAAGUAGAGCACGAAAAACAGAUCGAAAAGCUGAGUUCCGAAUUACAAAAUGCAGAGGAUCGAGAAUUAGAGCUAGAAAUGUAUUCGGUUCUUAUCAAAGAAAGAUGUGUUACUUGCGAGACUUUAUCUGAUGAACUAGGAAAAAAACUCGUUGACUGCGAGGGAAUCGUUGAUGAUCUUGAAAAAGAACUUAAUGAAUGCGAGACUCAUAUAGGUGUAUUAGAAACGAAACUCACAGAACGAGAUGCUCUGGUAUCAGACCUCGAUAAGAAACUCACCGAGCGGGAUUCUUUAGUGGCAGAUUCUGAAAAUAAACUCGCAGAGCGUGAUUCUUUAGUUAUGAGUCUCGAAACAAAACUUUCAGAUAAUAUUUCACACUUUAAGAGAUUCAAAGAAAAAAUGCUGCUUCACGAGAAAGAAAAGACAAAAUCGGAAAAACGGAUUUCGCUUUUGGAAAGCGAGAUAAUUAAAUUACAAAAGAAGAACGAUAAUAUUCAACGAACGACUUUUAUUGAGAAUGAAGGUGUUCCAUACUCAACUACGUCUACUCCUGAACCAAUGGAAGUAGCCGAUUGA